GUUAAUUUUUCCUGAGUAUGUUUCGAAUAAAAGAGUGCCAUCAGAUAAAAAGAAAAUGGCUGAAGAGGAGUUACUGAAUUAGUCAAUCAACCGUGCAGGAAAAUUACGGUUGAUUGCAGAACGUGAAGUAAUUCAUCUUUUUUGCAAGCUGCAUUCAAAAAUAUUUUGCAAACUCGAAAGCAGCUCGCUAAAGGUAAUUUGAAUAUAACUUUGCACAAAAUUUGCGAAAGUUUGGCCUGGAUAGAGUUGUUGGUAUAUUUAAACUGGCUUGUUGGAGUUGGAACGUUUAAUUUCCAGAAAGUUUUUAAAAUAAUUUAAAGUUUCAGAUGUGAAAAUAACAAACAAUGCAUCUAUCGUACAUGUAUUUAUAUUUUUUCGCUGUUCUGUUACCUGAAAUCACUCAAGGUCUCGACUCAUCACUUAUUCGAACCAAACGAAAACCAUUUUCCGAGUAUGACUAUAUUGAAGAAAGUAAAAAUGAAGUUUUUGCUGACCACGACCCUCCAAUACCAAUCAGGACACAAAGGCAGACCGUCGAUAAAACUUCAGACGUUAUGAUUGAAAAACCAAUAACUAACAUUUUUGAACAUCUAAUUCAAAAAAGUAAAAUGAAACAUAUGAAGAUGGAAAAGCGAAAUCUUGUGGCCCGACCAAAACCCGAUCCAUUUCUGAAACUAAAAUCGUUUUUUGACGAGCUAAAUAAGAAAUCGGCUGAUGAGACUGUGAUGGAGAACAAACGUUCUGUGCACUCCACUAUUGAAAACAUAAACAAGGCUAAGGUAGUAUCUAAAAAGGCGAUAAUGGAAGAUUUACAAUUUGAAAAUGAAGAAAACAAAAAUGAAGAAAUAAUGCAUCCUAAAGAAAAUCUAAAGAAAAAACAAGAAAUUUCAACACCAAAAAAUAUGGUUCUUGCUACUGUGAGCAGAAGUAGUGAAACCAACAGUGCUGAAACAGAUGAAGAUAAUGACGUCAGUGGAUCUGGAAGUGGAGAAAGUGGAAGUGGAGAAUCUGGAGACGGUUCCGGUGAAUCAGAAUCUGGUUCAGGGACACCAAUGGAAUUUUCAAAAGAUGUAAAUAAACGCAGUUCUACUGAAGAUAACUAUGACGAAUUAUUUGAGAAUCCGCCAUCUUUAAAAAAGCAAAAUGGGAUGGGUCGAAAUAAAAGACAAGUUAGAGAUGAUGACGACGAGGAAGGGAAUCCUGAUUUCGAAGGAUUACCAGAACAUUUAGCAACCAUUAGAAGAGAGAAUCCAAGAGUAAAAAUCUUGAAACGAGAGGCUAAAGAUAAAUACAUACCUGAUAUACCAUUACCUUUCAACGAUAUUGCAGCUGAAGUAAAUCCAGUGACUGGAGAAAUUAUUAAAAAGGAAGUAAAGCAUGUAAUGAAACGACUGGUCCCAUACCCCACAAAGCAACCUGUCAAAAUAAUUCCCUACAGAGAGUUAAAAUCAGUGAAUGUAAUUAAAAGGGCUCUUACAGAAGAAGAAUUGAAGAAUUUAAGGAUUAUAGAUGAAGAAAAGGCGAAAAGUUUAUUUGAUGAUGACGAGGGAGAUUUCUUAAAACACGUAAAGAAAGAUGGCAUCUAUUACGAUACAAGACAUAAAAGAUUUCUUAUCACAGCUAAUGCAGAUAGCAUAACUAAAGAUGCUAAAGCUGAAACGAAGAGGAAUAACUUUAAGAUGGAGAAAGUUAUAUCCAUUCCAAAAAGACAUGACAUUACUUCAACAAAUGUCUUGAAAAAAAGAGGAGUGGAGAAAAGAGAGUCAGUUGCAGUUACACCAAAACAAAAGAGAACCACUGAUAUUGUGAAAAAGUCUUUAAACAAUGCAUCCGGAUUAAAAAAAGUCAAUACAAAUCAAUCUUUAAAUGAAACAGCGGCUGUUACUAAAGUGCAAAAAAUAAACUCUACGGUUGGUCAAUCAAAUGUUGACAUUACAAAUAUAACAACGUCCAACAAUGCAACAAAUUCGUCCUCAGAAUACCAAAAAGAUAACCCUACGAAAUCUAACAGAGCAGAGAAUAACACUUCGACAAAUUCUAACGUGACAGCUACAGAUAGUAAGAUAGUAAAACGCGAUUUAUCUGAGACGGAACAUAGAAAACCACUCAAACAAUCUGCUGAAAAGCCGAAAUCAGACAUUCUAAAAAUGCAUAAACGUGAUAUACUUUCUGAUGACGAUCCAAAUAUCGAUGAACUGAUGCGAACGCAGGGGAAAGAAGCUGAAAUGAUCAGACAUGGUAAAAGUAUGAAAACCGCAGAAAAUGUUUACAAGUUUGCUCGCAGUGUGAUGAAUCUUGUAAAUGAUGCGAAAAGUGAUAAAACUAAAAGACAUUCUGAAAGCACUCAAUUAACAGGUGUUUGGUCUGGACUAGGGACAGCACCUGAAUUUGUUCCUGGUCUUAUCAAGCGUGAUUAUGAUGACAGAUCACUUAGUGGUGCUUCGAAAGGUAAAAGACAGGCAGAUGGACAGAAAGACAUUUCUCGGCUGAUGUCAAGAAGAUCUAACAAUGUGCAAAAGAAAAGGGUAUCUAAACGCGAAUUGCAUGUGAAUGAGGUUGAAAUCAAACAUGCUAGUCGCAAAAGAACACAUAAAUUCGAAGUUAAUGCACAGGCUAAACGAAAUGUAGAACAUAAAGGUAUAUGGACUGGGGAGCACGGUUUUCCAUUAUAUAGGGAAAUACAUACAAGCCCUACCAAGAUAAAACGCGAUGCGGAUAUAGAUACAGAUGAAGACGAUGUGAAGACACCAAAGGAAGAAAACAAUGAAGAUCUCCCCUUGUUAAGUAAAAGGGAUGUGAUUCCAUCAGAUGAGGAGGAUGAAAAAGAAAAAAAAGAUAAGGUUUCUAAAGAGAAACGUGAAAUCACAGAACAAAUGGAAAUGAAACAAAUGGAGUUGGGAAGUUUAGGUUCUAUAAAUAUGACCCCUAAGAAAACGAAAAAGAUAAAGCGAGACAAAUCUAGUAAAAGACAAUCUAGUGGGAAAAAAUUAAAGAGAUCUGACAACGAAAUGGAAAAGGAGAUGAUUUCACAUCUAACAACAACACCCGUUCAGGAUGGGAACGUUGUUCUUGCAUUUGAUGAAGUAAAAGAAUUAUUACCUACAAAAAGAUUUUUUAGUCAAGAUGAAGAACAAGUCCUGGAACCAAUUAAUCAACAACAAACAGCUGUUCCUUCUGCAUCAGUAAUUGAUAUUGACAAAGAACUAGCAGAUUCGAUGAUCCUGGCUGGUGAAAAACGCAGUAAUGUGUAUCCUAGUGGGCUAACAGCAACCAAGAUAGAAUACGAAAACAACAGUGAUGAUAAACCCGGAAACGAAAGAAGCAAAUUAAAUCCAUCGUUGUUGCAAAAGGAUAACCAAUUAAAGAAAGGUCAGCUCGCAAAGGUGCAAAGUGAAGAGACACAGCGUAAGUAUGAUCAAAUGAGAAACUGGGUUCAGGACAGUAAAGAUCCUGCAGAAAUUGAGAACGAGAGGAAAAUACAAGAAGUCAGUGAUCAGCUAGCUGAGUCAAACACUGAGUUGGAAAAGCUAAAAGUAAUAAACAAAGCCGAAAGUGAUAGCGCAUAUUUAGCAAAAAAACUCGAGGAAAAAAAUAACAUGGAUAAUGAUUCUGUCCAAUUUCGCGAAGAAAAGUUUAAGAAACUUCAACAGCAAAUUUUGGAUGAACAAGAGAUUUAUCGUAAGCUCGUUGAUGAACAACGAAAAUUAUACGAAGAGAAGAUGAAAGCAGAAGAGCCAAAGGUAGGAAUUAGUGAAAGCGGAAAAGUAAAUACAACUACAGAGAACAAAGAAAAUGAAGCUACAAUGCAAAAUAAUGGCUCUUUAAAAGGCACAUCGUCAGAGAAAGGUUCCGUAUCAGCAACAGAAACUUCUAUAAGUGACAAGAUUCCAAGUAAAACAUGGGACGCUUUGGAUAUGCACAUCGGAGAUCAGCACAAUCAAACUAUCGCAACUCCCCAGACAUGGGAGCAUUUUGAUCGAUUGCACAAUGAUAGUAGCGAGACGUUUCCUGAAGCAAAUAAUGAAGACGUUACUAAUGAAACUGCUCCUGCAAGCGAAGAUCAGGCAUCGUCAUUAUACCCGAAGAUAGUAAUAACAACCACAUCAACUCCAAUGAUAAAUAUUACCGUCAUACCUGAGUCAACAACAACAACAAUGUUCACGACAACAUUAGUUCCUGAAACAAGAUCUGAAAGUAAUACUAGCAAGCAAAUUAUUAUUGAAUCAACAACUCCUCCGCCCACAACAGCCACUACAACAGUGUCAACAUUAAUAAUGUCUUCUACAGCGAAAUCAACAAUAACACCAGCAUCAACAACAGUAUCAACAUCAACAACAACAUCACCACCAACAACUUUAACAACAACGACAUCAACAUUGCCAUCAACAACGUCAUCAUCAUCAUCAACAACAACAACAACAACAACAACAACAUCUCCAUCAACAACAUCUCCAUCACCAUCAACAUCUCCAUCACCAUCAACAUCGUCCUCGACCAUGUUGUCAACAACAAUAUCAUCAACCACAACGAAUGCUGAAACAUCUACAAUCGCCACAACAGCUUCAACUAAAACUGUAGCUCCGAUUAAACCAAACCCUACUUCUCCAGUUGCAAAGACGGCAACAGCAUAUGUGAUUAACGUAAAUAUGUCCUCCAAUAAUUCAGCUCCAACGAAAUCUAUUAUAUCUUCUGCUGAAAACUCUGAACUUGACACAGAAUCGAGUAACGUUUCUGUGCCAUCGAAAGAAAAAACCGCACAAGAUGCUAAACAAAUAAGCCACCUUCACAAUGUCUUAAUGCAGUCUGUAAAUCCAGAAAGCUCAAAGAACAUUGCUGACGUACGUAAACCAAUACAGAUUGCUGAUAUGAACACGAAGUUUGAUAUAAAGCCAACUACAGAAAAAACCCAUUCUAUUGAGAAAAUAUCGAAUGAAGAGAAAUUGCCACCGACAAAGACAGCCUUGCCGUUUCCACUAGAGAUUGCUUAUCGACCAAGAGUUGUUUCAGCAAAAAAUAAAACGAGUAAAAAUCUAGAAAUAGAACCUCGAGCAGAUGGAUAUGUAGGAUGCUUCAUUGAUCACCUUGUUCAAGGUCGUGAUUUACCUGUGAGAGCAGGAAUCCCUUUCGUUACACCAACCAAUUGUAGAACGGCUUGCAAGAAGACUGGGUACAAAUAUGCUGGUCUUCAAUAUGGCUACUUAUGUUUCUGUGGCAACAAUUACGGUAAGUACGAUGUGGUACCUGACAGUGAAUGCAACACGGUUUGUUCUGGUAACGAUUCGUUCACAUGUGGAGGAUUGUGGAGAAAUGAGAUUUAUGAUACAGAGCAUGUGAUUGGUACAUAUGAAGGGAACGUUCCAUUUAUCAUGCCACCGAAAGUAAGGACCUCAAUGACUGAACUGCCUGGCAUGGUACGAUCUAUCAUUCCAUCAGGUCCAAACAUGGUAACAGCCAAUGAAAAAAUGGAAAGUAACCAAGAGCUUUUGAAAGAGAUUCAAGACUCAGAGCAAGCUGACAUCAAAGCGUUAGAAGACGAAAAACAAGAUGCAAUUGAUCGAAGUAAUAUUAACGUAGUGCGCAAAGUUGGCAACUAUACUGAUGAAGAUCUAAUAAACGCUGCCAAAUUAGAAAUGGCACUUGAUCAGGCAACUCAGAGCGACGUUCAUACAGUUAAUCGACCACCUGAUAAUAAUCCAGUUCCAUCAUCUACAACUGAAUCACCGGUAGUCGACGAAGAGGAUGAUGAUCAUAAAGACAAGGUCCUUGCAUCAUUUGCGUACCUUCAUCCUCAGCAUCAAAAUGAUGAAGAGCCCAAACACUCUCCAGUACUGCCAUUGAAAUUAGAGCCGGGAACACAUUUAUUUCGUGGUGAGAUAAUGUUACAGCAAUCAUGGUACGACGAUUUAUCAAAACCUGGCAGUAUCAAGUUCAAUAUACUGGCUGCAAAUAUCGAAGAAGCUUUGAAGAACGUAUUUGUCAACGACACAUCCUUUUUAAAAGCAGAAGUAAUGUCUCUGAGAGAAGACAGUGAAAGAACUCCUCACAAAACUAUAGUUGAUUUCACAAUGACAUUCAAACAAAAUGAGACAACAGAAACAGUGACGCACAAACUUUUUGAUUCUGUUUUGAAAACAAAAAGGUUGGACGAAAUGCCAGUUCUACCUCACACCCUCAAAGUAAAAGAAUAUCUUCACGACUCGAAUGCACAAGCCUACAUUCCACAAGUUGUAGAUGGUCAACUUCAUCUGGAUACAUCAGCUCCAAUUGAAUUACAGUACAACUCAGAAAAUAAACUUGUCAUUCCUGACAAAAAUACAGUGCAACAAUCAAAUGAAUCUCCAACAACAAAUGUUAUUCAUCCAGAUCUAUUCAGUAAUGACAGGAAGCCAACUUUAGGCCUUUCAUCUAUGUUGCCAUUACCUGCUACAGCACAACAUGUAUCAGGUAAUGCCAACAUGGCACCGCUCAAUCCAGCAGUGCAAACGCAUAUUAGACCUAUGUCAACAAAUGGUAUGGCUGAGUUGAAGAAUUACAUGCAAUCACAAACUCUUAAUGAAAAUCCAGAACUGAGAGGCGUCAUCACCAGGCCGAACAAAUCACCGAAUAUGCAAACAAACCAUUUGACGAGUGUGACAAAUUCACAAGCGAAACAGCAAAGUGGAACUGUGAAAAAGAAAAAAGUUCCAUACGUCUUAAGAAUGUUUUUUUGGAAAGAUAUGCUUGCAAGAAAAAAACGUGAAGACAACGUCGGCGAUUUAACCAAGUUUAACCAGGAGGCUAAAAAAGUAAUUCAUUUUGACAGCAGUUUGCCAGUAAUCCGAACACGACGCGCUCAAGCAGAUGAAUGGCCGACUGUGUAUAAAAAGGACGACCAAAAACGCGGAUACCUCAACAAGUCUUCGUUAAAAAGAAGAAAAAGAGUUAUAGAGAAGUUUGAUAGUGAAAAUGAAGACUAUAAUAAAAAUGAUGAUGAUUCUGAGUUUGAAUCGUUAUUUACAAAUUUAAAACCGAGGCUUAAACGUUCAAACAAUGAACGAGCGAAGAAAGAACUUGUUAGUGAUAGCUUAUUAAAAAAUAAUGUUUAUAAAAAUAAAUCUGGCGAACUAGGACUUCUGAGAAAUAAAAGACAGAGCAGUGACGAUGAGGACGAUGAUAAUUAAACCUACUAAAAAAUUAAUAAAAGAAACCUAUACGUGCUGUAAAUUUUGAUGUUGUAUAUAUAUAUAAUUAUGUUGUAUGUCCUGUGCUGGUAAUAAAAAUAAGUAUCUUUUGUAAAACAUUUCCCAGUUUAUUACAAUAAAAUUAAAGUGAAAUCCAGUGAAAAAUUCACGGGAAUUCACCAAUCAGCAAAUUUGUGGGCAAUCAACCGAUGCUUUUAGCAGCUAUUAUCUUUUGCUCAUAGACAGACGACGGCUAAUAUUAUAGAGAAUAGUCGUUAAACUUACGGAGAAUACACCAGUUCAUUAGGGCGGGAAAUCCGGAAUAAAGCUGUGCAAAGCCAUUACAGUCGAGCGCGUAAGUGACAGGUUGAACAUGUUGCCCAUCCGCGUUAGAGAGGGGGGUGGAUAGAUUGUGUUGGUGUGUCCAAUCUCGUUCCUAGGACAUUUUGCCUUUUUUGAUGUGAAAAGACCCCGACACUUGAUUAAAAAAAAUGUCUGCAAAGUAAUUUAUGCAAAGUAAUUUAUGCAAAGUAAUUUAUGCAUAGUAAUUGUCCUGCAAAAUAUUUUUAUGCAUGUUAAUUGCCCUGCAAAAG